AUGUUUUUAGCAGAUAAUAUUAUAAUACAGAUCAUAAAGAGUUUACAUGACAUUGAUAGGAUAUCGUUUGUUAUGACAUGUCACAAGUUUUGGAGACUAAAGGCACACCUUACAUUUUACUGCUUUCCCAACAAGACUAUUACCAUUCAACAACUACUCGAGCAACACCGAUUACAUGGUAGCAAUAAUGUAACAGAGGAGAUACUAUAUAAUUGUAUUACUCCUCCAACUGCAAAUAUUUCAAAUGUUGUUACAAAUGAUCCUUCUUCUUCUUCUUCUACUUCUACUUCCUCAUCAUCUUCAAUACAAAAAAGAAAAGGAGGGACAUUUAAUCUUGGAUCAUUUCAAGAUAAUUAUAUUAAAUCGAUACUUUAUACGUUGGUAGUGGAUGAUAGUAUAAAUGCAGAGAUAUCAGGGGCUAAUGGAGGACUGGAUAGUGAGGAAAAAAAGUUUGAUCAACCUAUCCACCAGUAUCACAUACCUCCAGCCAUUGAGAUUUUGAAAUUUGGUGCCGAUCUAUCGGUCGACAACAUUUCAUCGGUUCGAUUCCCAACAACUCUAAAAACACUCGAAUUAUUCCAAUACCCUUUUACUCAAGAUGAAUUAAAUCAACUUAAAAAGGCAUCAUCAUCUUCAUCUUCAUCAUCAUCAACAACCACCAGCAAAAAGAAAUCAAUCGCAACCAAAUUUUUAAGUAUAUUUAAAAAAAAGAAAAAAGAUAUUGUUGUUGCUGUUGAAGAGAUUCAACCGCAACCACAACCACAACAACCAACAGAAGAAGUAAAAGAAAUAGUAGAAGAUGAAAUAAUAGAAGAAAUAGUAGAAGAUGAAACAAAAUUUAAAUUUAAAUUACCAAAUCAAUUACAAAGUUUUACAACAUCAUCUCAAUCGAUACCACUUAUAUUUAAUCAUCUUCCAAAAUCGGUGGAUACCUUGAUUAUUUUUUUCAUUGACAAGAAAGGUAACAACAAGAAAAAAGAUGUAACUAUUAAAUUCCCAGCGACCAUUCCAUCGCAUAUCAAAAACAUUGAACUGCAUGUAUCGAGCAGUCAGGCAAACUUUAGACCCUAUUUUCCAGUAUCUGCACUUACCAACAUUGAAUCUCUAUCACUACAAAACCCAUUUACAAAGGUUUUAAAGUGUAGACGAACUGGACAAGACCACUUGUUUGUACUCUCGUCAGAGAUUGAAGAUAGCAACAAUGGUUUCAUUUCAAUCAAGGAAAAUGAAUCUAAAAAUGUUCUAGAAUCAUUCCAAUUUAGUGAUUAUUCUUGGUUAAAUGAAUUCUUUGUAUAA